AUUUUUUGUAAUUGAGUUUUUCUCCUAAUCACUUCCAGAAAUGUAGGUAAAAAUGCAGCACAUUUAAGAAUGUUUUGUUGAAUGAAAGCCAAAUACGGUAUAUUUAAAAAUUUCUGCGCAUCGCGUUUUCCUUCUUUUGUCAACAUGGGAGUUAUGACGACUGCAAUUUUAAGUGCGUGUUUAUGCAUGCUGGCUCUUAGAGUUGACGCAAGUCGGAAGCAAGAGUCUGAAGUACGGCAAAUGGGAGUCCCCACUCAACCCAACAUGCCAGGAAUGGACGUACCUACGCAGCCAAACAUGCCAGGAAUGGACGUGCCAACACAGCCUAACAUGCCAGGAAUGGACAUGCCAACACAGCCUAACAUGCCAGGAAUGGACGUGCCAACACAGCCUAACAUGCCGGGAAUGCCUGGCAUGGAAAAUAUGCCAACGCAGCCUAACAUGCCAGGAAUGGAAGUACCUACGCAACCUAAUAUGCCAGGCAUGCCAGGGAUGGAUGUUCCUACACAACCAAAUAUGCCAGGAAUGCCCGGUGUGGAUGCUCCUACCCAGCCUAACAUGCCAGGAAUGCCUGGUAUGGAAAACAUGCCAACUCAACCAAACAUGCCAGGAAUGCCUACUCCACCCAAUAUGCCGGGACUGCCAGGACUGCCUUCAUCACCUAGAGUUAAAUCAAGAGCUUCAAAUGCCCAUUCCUUGAUUCGGAGAAUGUUGUAAAAAGAUCUGUCACCUCUAAAAAUGUUAUGGAAAUAUAUAUUUAUCUGCCUCUUUAA